CCCGACACACUCUACUCUCUCCACACACACACACGUCUGCCAUCCACGCAAAGCAUCUCACCUUUCUUCCACAUUGUAUUCAGCAUCAUCAAUCAAUCAAUCAAACCUCACUUUUCGUCGCGUCAACACUGCAGCAAUGGUUUCAUCUCUUGUGCUCCUUCUUACAACCGCCCUCGCCGGCAUGGUCUCGGCUCAGGCCAGCUCUAAUAUCACCAUCAACCCCAACUCGGUCAACGAGACUCUCAAGACCAAUUGGUGCACUGCCGAGAAGAACACCUGCCGCUCUCUGUGCGGUGGGCCUGGUGAGACUGCUUCGAACGACUGCAUGACGUCCAACCUCAACUACACCUGCUCCUGCACCAACGGCACCGACCCCGACGUAUCACAGUACUCGGAGAGUCUGCCUGCCUACAUCUGCCGCGAGUAUGUGAUUCAGUGUGUCGCUGCUGUGUCGGACGGCGAUCGGGAUGCCAUCUACCAGUGUCGUCAAGUUGAAGGCACCUGUGGUCAGCUCAACGCCUCUGAUCCCGCCGACGGAGGCUCCAACCCUCAGGCUUCCGGCUCUGACUCUACCCCAUCUGCCACUGCGUCAAGUGGAGACAAUGCUCCAAGUGCUUCCAACACCGGCGCUCCCGCAUCCGCCACCUCUGGCGGUGCUGCUGCUGCUCUCGGCGCUUCGUACGGUACUCCUGCCAUUGCCGCUGGUAUGCUUGCUCUGUUUGGUCUUGUCUUGUAAGGGCAGAGUGUGCUGCUGUGUUUUGACGAGUGAUAUGGGGGAAAUACCAAGUGCGACGACAUUUACGUGUCACGACAGGGUUAUUGGUUUCAUGUUUAUGAUUAGCGACUGCAUUCUACGAAUAUCCGGGUUAAGGAAUGAAGCGCUGGUGCGGCCUCGCGCUGCUCGAUAAGAUAGUAAUAAUGACGACGGUCUCACGGCCGUGUUCUCUGC